AAAGAACAGACCAUAGAAUAGAGUGCACUGUGCAUGUUCGACGAAUGCCCGUCGUUACCCACCCUGCUUGUUAUCGAUUGUCGAAGUAUCAGUAAGUUACAAGACUCGACGUUACGCGCGCUGGGUUCGCCCAAUUAAAAUCUCUCAAUGGACGGUAUCUACACAUGCGAUCCACAUUCUAGUGAAUAUAUAAAUUACGAUUGAAAUCUGGCGGCAACGUGAAAGGAUAUUUACACUGGUAUUUACACACAAGAUAAUUGUGUGUUCGUUUGUUUCUCAGCAGAUCGUGAUAAAUUAGACAAGUUUAUAAAAAUGGGUAUUACGGGAUUGUUGCCGUUUUUGGAAAAAGCUUCCAGAAGAACCAAUGUCAGCGAAUUUUCCGGCGGCGUCGUUGCGAUCGAUACAUAUUGUUGGUUACACAAAGGUGUAUUUUCUUGCGCUGAGAAAGUAAUGAUGGGACAAACAACGAAUGCGUAUGUCUUAUAUUGCAUGAAAUUUAUAAAUAUGCUUUUAAGACAUGAUAUCAAACCGAUCUUAGUGUUUGACGGUCGACAGCUGCCUGCUAAAAAAAAGACGGAAGUCAAGAGACGAGAGGCCAGACAGAUGAAUCGCCGCAAAGCACUAGAAUUGAUAAAAAUGGGUCAGGAUGCUGAAGGAAAGAAUUUGUUGAAACGAGCUAUAGAUAUUACUCAUGAAAUGGCAUUAGAAUUAAUCAAAUAUUGCCAGAGUGAGAACAUUGACUGUAUUGUAGCUCCUUAUGAAGCUGAUGCACAAUUAGCGUAUUUAAAUAUUAGUGGUAUAGCUGAUGUUGUUAUUACAGAAGACAGUGACUUGACACUAUUUGGAUGCAAAAAAAUAUUAUUCAAGAUGGAUUUUAAUGGACAUGGAGUUUUGAUUGAACAAGACCUAUUACAUUUGGCAAUGGAUAUGCGAUCCGAGCAAUUCAACAUGGAUAAAUUUCGUUACAUUUGUAUUUUGUCUGGUUGUGAUUACCUUCCUUCUCUCCCUGGUAUUGGUUUAGGAAAGGCACGAAAAUUUAUCACAAGAAAUACAGAUCCUAAUAUACAUAAGGCAUUAACACGUGUUGGAUCAGUUCUCAAUAUGAAGUCAUUAGAAGUGACUCAAGAAUACAGAGACGCUUUUAUAUUAGCAGAUAUAACAUUUAGACAUCAAUUAGUAUUUUGUCCAUUACAAAGAAAACAAGUGCGUUUGAAUCCACCCACAGCUGAUAUUACUGAAGAUCAAUUAUGUUAUGCCGGCCAAGAAUUAGAUGCAGACUUAGCUUUACAACUGGCUCUUGGUAAUUGCGAUCCGUGCACUUUGAAAAUGCUUCAUGAUUUUAAUCCAGACAAAAUUGAGAGAAAAAGGAAGCGAAGUACAGGAACUGGGCGAGUAACGAUGAAUCAUGCUAGUAUUUGGUCAAGCAAAUAUGAAUUGGAAAAUGGAUCGAAAGAGAAGAGACGCACGUUGUCUUUUGCAAGUGCAGUAAAAUCUAUCAUCACUGUAGGAAAAAAACAGAUUUUACAAAGGGAAUCUUUAAAGGACAAUUUUGUUCCAUCCAAAUUUGAUAAUAAUCUAAGUUCGCAGUGUGAGAAUACCUCAGAACGUCAGAAUUUGAAUCAAAAUAUUUUAGACAUCUAUAAUGAUCAAGAGACGAAAUCAACUGCUAGUCCUGAACAGGAAUCAGAACAAAUGUUGGAUUUAGAAAAUAAUACAUCACCAGAAUUGUCAAGGCAAAAAAAUCCAUUUAUUAAACGAGUAUCGCAACUCACAACUUCACCCAGUGUUCUAUCCAGUGGAAAUUAUCGUCAAAGGGGAAGAAAUUUAAUGCGCGUAAGGCGAACGAUUAUAGACGAGAAUACUAUAAUAGAAAGCAAAUAUUUCUCCAAGAAGGAUAACGAAAACCAUGACGUGCCCAAAUUAGAUAAUAACAUUGAAGAUAUUAACUCAGAAAGUACAGAAUGCAAUGUAAUUGCAAACGGGAACAUCGAUACGCAUAAUAUAUAUAGCAGAACAAGUCACAAAGAAUUAGAUUUUGCAGGAAGUACUGUCUCAGCAAAACAUGAUUCGUUCUUUGUGAAUCCAAAUGAAUCUCCAAUCAAUUUCAAUAAAAAUGCUCACGAAAAGUCAUAUUCUGAUGACAGGAUAACCGAAAUAUCGUCGACGAUACAAUGUACAAGAAUUAAUGACAGUUAUACCUCAGAUAAUGUAUCAGAAUCAUCAAGUUCGAAUAUGACACCUGUUGAUGAUUUGAUCAAUCACAAGAAUACAAGCAAUUUACGAGAAGACUUGUACAAAUGGUCAAAUACUAAGAAUUGUCAAUACACUCCGCGUAAAAGAACAGAAAGUUCCAAGAAACAGAAUACACCCAAUCUGGUUUCACCCAAAAUAAAAUCACUAACAAAACAGACACGUCAAAGUAAACAGUUAUCAUCAGUUCCUAGCCAGCAGAGUUUAUUAAGCAUGUACGGAUUUCAAAAAAGGUCGACUCUUAAACAUCAAACUUAAUUAUUAAACUUAUAAAUUUAUUUAAUUCUGGACCAUAUUCUGGUCUUGUAAAAAUCAGAUAUGUAUAAACAUUGAUAGAUCGAUUUUUUUAUUUCAAAUGCGUUCAAUGAAGGAUUGUGAGUAGAGCUCCAAUGUGUGUGUAUUUAAACUGUGAGAGAAUG